CCAAUCACUUGGGAGAGUGUGGAGACGGCACAUUAUCACUCAGUGCUCUCAAUUUCAAUUAUUUACCAAGGAUCCUUUUUCUCCGAUUAUCCUCUUCAUCGGGUCCUCUGCAUCUCCUAUUUCGCAAGCACAGGGCCAGAAGCAAUCCGAGGAUGGCUCAACCAGGUUCGACCCAUGAUGCACAAAGCCCAGUGAUUCAGCAGCAGAACGUGAUAAUACCAAACAAUCAUGGUGAAAAACUUGUGGGCACAUUACAUGAAACUGGAUCUCCAGAAAUUGUAAUUUUGUGCCAUGGUUUCCGGUCCUCAAAGGAAUACACCAUCAUGGUGAACCUUGCUGUUGCUUUGGAAAAUGAGGGGAUUAGUGCCUUCCGCUUUGAUUUUGCUGGAAAUGGGGAAAGUGAAGGUUCAUUUCAGUUUGGUGGCUAUUGGAGAGAGGCCGAGGAUUUACAUGCUGUAAUCCAACAUUUCCGGGGUGCAAAGCGUGUAAUACAUGCAAUUCUGGGGCAUAGUAAAGGAGGCGAUGUGGUGCUGUUGUAUGCUUCGAAGUAUCAUGAUGUACAUAUGGUUCUCAAUGUUUCUGGCCGUUAUAAUCUGAAGAGAGGCAUUGAUGAGCACUUUGGUAAAGACUUAUUCGAAAGAAUCAAGAAGGAUGGAUUUUUUGAUGUUAAAGAUAAAACAGGAAGUUUUCGUGUGACUGAGGAGGGUUUGAUGGAUCGCCAAAGUACAGACAUGCAUGAAGCAUGCCUUAAGAUUGAAAAAGACUGCAGGGUUUUGACAGUCCAUGGAUCUGCUGAUGAAAUCAUCCCUGUCGAAGAUGCUGUGGAGUUCGCCAAGAUUAUACCUAACCACAAAUUACACAUUAUAGAAGGAGCUAAUCAUGGAUACACUUCACAUCAAGCCAAGUUGGCUUUAGUAGCUCUGAACUUCAUAAGGACAGGCCUGCAAGAAGGCAAGGAUAAACCCUAGCCAGGUGGCUGAAGGACCCUGCUCGUGAUACUGCUUGGCAUAAGAGCUUGACCAUUUUGGGUGUUAUUAUAUCAGGAUCCUCAUGAGAUGGACAUGAAUAAAUAGUUUGCUAAUUGGGUUUUAUUGCUCAUAUUGUUGUCAUGAGUCUCCUUUGCUUGCACCUUUCCCUUCCAAGAAAGUAAAUGCCUAUUUCAAUGUGGAAGAGAGAACCUACAUGAUUUCCAGCAGCACAAAUCAGAAUGUAACACCAUUCUUAGAAUCCUAUUUAACCAGUAAAGCUUUUUCUUGACAGACAACUUUGACAUAAAGCAUGGCUAGUAAUUUGGGGGCUUC